AUGCGAGAGAUAGAAGUUCAUCAGUACGUUCCACAUAGUGAAGAACAUGCGAAAGGGUACGAUGCUGUACGUGGACCCCCUGCCGAAGAUGGAGUAGAUGGCGGAUGGAAUGAGACCGGCAGUGUAGGAAUCGAGACCAUGAUCGAACAGCUCACCCAGGGGGCCGCUGGUACCGCUAGUGUAGUCAGGUGCGGAGCACAUACUAUUAAGGUGUUAAGUAGGGAUCGCGGAUACGAAAGCUUGGUUAGUGAAGGCAUCGUGAAAAAUGUUUACAAUGCACUUCGUUCGCGAUUUCCUGAUAAAAAAAUGGACGAAACAGUGAGAGAUUGUAGCGAUAUGACCAAGGGUAAACGGGGUAUAAAAAGUAAUACGGGGGGUAGGGCACCAGCUCUGCCUUAUGAUGUAGAACAAAAAUUUUCCAACAGUAUUAAAAUACUCGAAAAAUGGGGUAUGGGACUAUCAAAGAGAGAAGUUCUUCAACUAAUUGGGCGGUAUGUGAAAGAAAAUAAUAUAGUAACCCCUUUCAAGAAUGGAGUUCCUGGCAAUGAUUAUUUCGUCAGAUUCACGAAACCAUUUCAUUUAAGCCAGAAAAAACCGCAAUCUGUGGAAGUGGCUCGAAAGAGGUCUAUGGAUCCAUUUGUUAUGUAUGAUUACUUCAAUAUCCUCAAACAGCAUAUUGAAAAUAUCCCAGCAUCGUAA